AAAUAAUCCUAGUAAAGAUUAUUAUACGUAUUAUCAAGUAGCAAGAGAUGAUUUAGAACUAUAUGAAUUAUUCGUUAAUUGUGUUAAGCGAGAAGUAUUUGAAGAGACCAAAUUAGAUUUAAAAGAUUUUCAUUUUAUUACAUAUGAUGAAGGAUUUCGUAUAUUUUCUAACUGCUCAGAUUGUGAAAUUAUAUUCAAAACUGCAAUCUAUUUAACUAUUGCUGAUAAAAUUCUACAACUAACAGAACCUGACAAGAAUUCUGCAUAG